UGCAUAGAAAGACUCACCAAAUGAUGACAAGUGUAUUUCACACCAAAACGGCUAAACAUGAGCAAAAACCAAAGAAACCGCUAUCAACUUCUCAAUUCCACGUGUCUCUCUCCUUCCUCUCCAUGACAACAAGCUCUUCCUCUAGACCCGAUUUCUCAGACACCUGUUCUCUCUAUAUGAGUUUAUCUUGUCACAAACCCACUUUGUCAUUGUUGUUCUGGUGGAAAUUUAUCUCUUUCUUGUUUUUUAGUUUGAGCUGAAGAGGAAAAAUAAAAUAGAAAACCACCCAUUUUUGUGUUUGAGCCAAUUCAAUAGAAUUUCUGAUCUAUUUUUGCUGUAUCUGUUUUGUUUGAUUGUGAACAGAGCAACCCAUUUGCCUUUUGUGUUAAAAGAAGUGAAUGAGAUUGGAAAUGAAUGAUCAUGGAGAAGACAAAAUUGCUUUUGAGAUGUGCGUGGUGGUUCCAAGGAGGGAUGCGAGAAAAGAAGAUGAGCAUUGUGACUGCGUUGAGGUUCUUGUAAAGGAAUUGAAGAAAGUGGGGUUUAUAGUUGAUAGAGCUCUUGGCCUAACAGAUGAGUUUAUUAAGUUGGCUGCUCCUCUGGUGACAUUGGGGAAGGCUGCAGCUGAGCUGCAAAUGAAGAAGCUUACUUAUAUUGGAAUGGAUCUACAAUUUGAAUGGGAGGAGCUCAAAGUAUUUGUGAGACAACCAGAUGGUUCAUUGUUUAGUUGGUGUGAACGUUUUGAGUGCUACGGUCAUUUAUUGUAUGGAAUUGUAAACAAGAGCAAGUCAGAUGCAACUUUAAAAUGGGAUAGCAUGGAGUAUCUCUGGGAAGUUGGGGAAUCUUUGCUGCGGAGGUUGGAAUCUGAUGGCAUUGUUAAACAGGUUUUUCCUCUACAUGUUGAAAUUAAGAGGAAGGAGCUUUUAAGAAGUUGGGUGCUGGAUUGGCGGAACUUCACAAAUCAACCAAUUGAUGACAUGUAUUCAUAUUUUGGAUUGAAGAUUGCCAUCUAUUUUGCUUUCCUUCGUAUGUAUACACGUUGGUUGCUUUUUCCAGCUGCUUAUGGGCUUGUCGUGCAGUUGGUUGACUUUGGAUCAUUGCAGUUCCUAGUUCUCCCAACAUUCUUCAUGAGCAUAAUAUUAUGGGCAGUGCUGUUUUUCCAGUUCUGGAAACGUAAAAACUCUGCCCUUUUAGCUAGAUGGCAGAUGCAUGAUUCAGCUAGUGCUAACCAAGGAUAUAAAUUUCUGGGCAUGGAAUGGAGUUCCUUACAGUCACCUCCAGAACUAGUAAAGACUGUGGGGAUUGAUAAAACAAAAGAGAAAGAAACAUAUCAAAGAUAUGAAUGGUUUGGGUAUCUUAUGCUAUUAAGAAAUAAUGCUAUCAUCAUUUCGAGUAUUAUCUGCCUCCAGUUGCCAUUUGAGUUGGCUUAUGCUCAUCUUUAUGAGGUCACAGAGUCGGAUAUGAUAAAGUUUGCGCUGACAGCUCUAUAUCUUGUUCUCAUUCAGUAUUUCACCAAGAUUGGGGGCAACAUAUCAAUGAAGCUCAUACGAUGUGAGAACAAUGAAAACACAGAAAAUGAGAGUGACAGCUUGGUCUACAAAGUUUUUGGCCUCUAUUUUAUGCAGUCAUAUAUAGGAAUUUUCUAUCAUGCUCUUCUGCAUCGCAACUUCAAGACCCUUCGCCAGGUUUUAAUCCAACGUCUGAUUGUAUAUCAGGUGCUGGAGAAUCUGUUGGGGAACUCACUACCCUAUCUCAAGUACAGUUUUAAGAAAUAUAGGGCUGUUAGAAAUAAGAAAAAACAGGAGAAAGGACCAUCAGAUGGGAAGAUCCAGGUCAAUUCCAAGGUGGAGAAAGAGUACUUAAAGCCUACAUAUUCUGCAAGUAUAGGUGAAGAACUAGAAGAUGGACUUUUUGAUGACUUUCUGCGGUUGACAUUGCAAUUUGGAAUGAUCAUGAUGUUUGCUUGUGCAUUCCCCCUUGCAUUUGCCUUUGCUACCGUGAACAGCUUCACAGAAAUUAGAACAGAUGCAUUGAAGCUGCUCAGCAUAUUGAAAAGGCCAGUUCCUCGUGCUGCUGCCACCCUUGGAGCUUGGCUGAACAUAUUUCAGUUUCUAAUAGUGAUGUCAAUCUGCACCAACUCUGCCCUUCUAGUAUGCUUAUAUGAUCGAGAGGGCAAGUGGAAAAUAGAGCCUGGGCUUGCCGCUAUUCUUGUCUUGGAGCAUGUUCUCUUGUUAGUUAAAUUUGGUUUAUCUCGCUUUCUUCCUGAGGAACCUGCUUGGAUAAGAGCCAACCGUGUGAAAAAUGCCAAGCAAGCACAAGGAAUGUAUUCGAAACAACUUCUGAAAAGCAUUUCUAAAAAGACCAAGUGAAGGAUAUAGAACAAGCACUUUUUAUAAUGCAAUAUUGACAAGUAGUAGACCAACAAUUCUGAAGCUGGAAAUUUGUAGUUGUUUAUGAGAAUGGAGAUGAGUUUCCUGAAAUUUUGAUAGUAACUGUAUUCACUUUAUGCGUGGGUUUCUUUUCCCUUUUGUAAGAUUUGAUCUAGACUACUGGAUUUUGUAAUACUAGUAAUACAAUAUUAUCUCUUUAUUGUA